UCACGCGCGAUUGCCCGCGUCGGGGAGGUCUUUUCACGCGUAGACGUUCCCUGGACGCGCGCCUGGAAUGCACGCAAAAAUCGGCCGCGGGCCCCGAUCGAGCCGGAACGCGCGACCUCUCGAUCACGGCGUGGAUUCCUUUUUUUUUUCCAAGUAGCGUUAGCUGCUCGACUCGACCAGGUGGAGAGAACGGUGAUUUAAAUGGUGACCGCUAUCGUUUUGAUCGCGAAAGAGGAGCUCGCAAGGAUUGGUCCCUCUACCGAGUCUCGUUCUUACGAGAAGGUAGGAUUUUCUUUGAAGUAUUUUGAUCGCACGAGAUGGACGGAGAAAUGGAACGGAAAUUGAUAAUAACAUGGAACGGUCGGGGCAUCUUAUUGAUCUUAUGCUGCUUCGUCGCACUAAUUGUCCUCGCAUCGGCGUACGAUCCGGACGACAAGUCCCUGAAGGAUAUCCUCCUACCCGAGGGUCAGUUCGAGGCGUUCUAUUUGAAAGGUACGCAGGACGAGGAGCAGAACGCCGUGAGACCGCCGCAUCUCCAUGGGUCCUUUCAUCAGUAUCGAAACCCUGCGCUGGUCGAUGCACCGAACAGCGCAGCUUACGGAUUCCGUUUCGACGGAAAACGCCGCUUCAACUUCAAUUAAAUUAUCGCGAAUUGCAUUCGAAUACUGAGACAUACUUAGGCGCUUUCGACCGGAAUUGCGGUUUAACCGUCGAGGUGUGAACAUUAAGGGAGUACGUCCGACUAGCGAUUAGCGGUUAGCACUAUUUUGCGCACUCAAGCAUAUCAUUCGAAAGUGUUAAAGAAAAUUUCAAAUAUUUAAGCGUUUUUCUUCAAUAAUGAACAAGAAGUAUGGAUGUCUUAAAUAGGCACUUUGAUAUAUGAAAGAAUAAAUUGUAUCUUCUAAAC